AUGAAGCUUUUCGAUUCAAUGGAGGAUGGAGACGGAGAGAAACGUGCUCGUGCCAGAAGAUUGGAUGGUGACGAAACAGGGGAAGUGGAUCGGCUAAGCAAUUUGCCAGAUUGCUUGCUAUUUCAGGUACUCUCGAAUCUCCCCACGAACGAUGUGGUUAAGAGCAGUGUGUUAUCCACUAGAUGGAGAUAUCUCUGGAAAGAGAUACACAGAUUAGACUUGGCAUACGAGAAUUUCGCAGAAUACAACACAUUCCUGAGUUUCGUCGAUAGAUUUCUGGGUUUCAACAGCGAAUCCGCACUUGCAAAGCAUGAUUCGUGGAGGAAUGAUAAUGUGGAGAUACCUCCUAGUGUUUACACAUGUGAGAGCUUGGUAAGGUUAGAGCUAGAUAACGUGACCUUGGCUGAUCCAAAGCUGAUUUCUUUACCUUGUCUCAAGUUUAUCGAGCUAGUUUGUGUUGACUCUGCAAACGAUUCGGCUUUCGAAAGGCUCAUCUCAGGCUGCCCUGUUCUCGAAAGGUUGGUUAUAAGGAGGAGCUUUUGUGACGGUGUAGAAGUUUUACGUGUGCGUUCUCAGUCUCUGUUGAGCUUCACUCAUGUUGCGGACAGUUCUCAUGAUUUGGUUGAAGAUCUUGUGGUUGAAAUUGAUGCUCCUAGGCUUGAGUAUCUGAGGCUCAGUGAUCAUCGGAUCGCGAGCUUCGUACUGGAUAAUCCGGAUUCUCUUGUAGAAGUUGAUAUUGAUACUGUGUUUAACUUGAGUUUCGAGAGGAAGUUUGAUGCGAAUGAUCUGCUAAAGAGGAAAAUAUGA